AUGGCUGGCCGUGAGACUAUGAAAACAACCUGUCGGGUUGUGAAACCACUAAUGUCGACUGAUUUCUGUGAAGCGCGAAGAAGAGCAAUCGGGCUUUACAGGGCGUUUUAUCGUUAUAUUCCUUAUAUUCAUAAAUAUUUUGACAUUCCCAAAUCUGAAAGCCAAAUCCGUUCAAAAAUAAGGGAACAAUUUUACAAAAAUGCGUGUGUAACCGAUAUAAGGAUCAUUGAUAUCUUAGUUAUGAAGGGCUAUAUGGAACUUCAAGAGAUAAAGUACAGCUGGCAGCAAAAAGGUCACGUUAUGGCAAAUUGGAAGCCCACUAUUGAACCUCGACCCACUGACUUCAUCAGCAAAUUCUUAAAUGGAAAAGAUUGA